AUGAGUCAUUUAUAUUGGGAUGUCAUCCACGAGUUGCAAGACACGCAUGGAUUGGGGUGCUCCAUGCCAGGUGAGCAUAUAACUGAAGGAAUGAGAAGUUAUGGGGCAUGGAUGAUUCAAAUGAGAAAGAAAAAUGGGAAGUUAUGGGGCAUGGAUGAUCCAAAUGACAAAGAAAAUGAGGAGUUGUUGGCGCUCCUCUCGCAUGAAAAAUGGAAUAAUGGGCCUGCAAAUUUAUUAGUUAUAAUGAAACUGGUUAAAUUUGGUGGGGACGAGAAAAAAUGA